CCUGCCGAGUGAUGGGGGCGGUGAGGAAGACUAUGAGGAUGAUGAAGGAGGGGAGGCCCGCAGGAGUAAGAUGAGAAGUUUUUUCCUGCGUGGGAGGUUAAGGAAGUCUUCAGACACGCGUUCAAGCACGUCACUGGGCUCCGAGAGCAGCGAGUCUUCAUCGCGGGGCGGCAGCCUCAGCCCGACAGCAGGUAUCAGUGUGGUGGUCUCAGAUCUGUCCAACUCUCCGAGUAACAGCAGCAACCUGACUACAGACAACAGUCCAGAACACACAGUGGCUCCCUCACCACAGGUGUCUCCUGUCAGACAUGUGAUGUUUGACAUCAACUUACCAGUGCCUCAUUCUGUGACGUCAGAGAACGACACCCCUAUUCUGCUUCCUUCAGUUUGGGUGAAUGGGAAUCCAGUUGAAACGUCUCCUCUUACUCACCACCCACCAUCACUCGUACUUCAGCAAGCUCAACCAGAGUCAAGCAAACCAGUAACUCAGUCAGGUCAACCACAGGCAACCACGCUGCCAGCCAAGCCUCAGACAACCCAGCUCCCAAAGUCCCAGUCAAAGUCAAGGCCCGAGCCCCUGCUCCCAGCCCUGGGGGUGCUUCAGAAGGGCUCUCUCUCCCUCUCCUGCAGAACCUCUCUCACCGUGGGGAAGACAAGCAGGGCGGCAGCCCUGUGGACGGCCGUCGCUGGUCCUUCGAUAAACCUGGAGAGGAAGAAAAAGCAGCCAUUGUAG